AUGUCACGCCGGAAGCAGAAACGACCCCAACAGCUCGUUAACUCGGACCCGGGGGGCACGCGGUUACUAUCGCACGGUGAGAAAAGUUUAUUAUGGAUAUUCUAAGGCAUGCGUAUGUUUUUAUUCCUAGGAUAUCCCUAUAGUUCUAUGAAUGAAUGAAGCAACAAGUUACAGAUCGGAAUUUACAACUAUAAUGGUAAUCAAUAGUGUUAAAUAAGGUAACGUUAGAUAAGCUGCAGAAACUGGAGUUAAAAUCCCGCUAGAGAGUAGGCCUAAAGUUACAAGUUGUCUAUUUUAUUAUAGAUGCAGUUUAUAUAUGUAAAUUCCUCCUCAUAUAUUGAUUUUUACAUCUAAAAAGUAAUUUUGUGAUCAAUCAUCAGCAUAACUUGAUCUGUGUAUGUCUGUGUUUUAUGUUUGCAUAUUUUAUCUUUGCUAAAAGUAAUUGGCUCUUGCAAUAAGUUAGAGUUUAGUGGAUUGCUCAGUCUGCUGUAGCUCUGCAAUGGGCCCCAGUAGGGGAGAGCUCCAGGUAUUUGAGGGCUGGCCCUGUAAACUUGCCCCUGUGAUCUGGAUGGUAACAUCCAUCUGUGGCCAUUUUCCUGUGAUGCUGAGUCCUCUAGGAAACUAGCGGUCUGCUCAGAAUGACUACUGGAGGUCUUUCAUUACUUAGAGGAAAGUAUCUCUAUUCACCAACAAUAAGGCUGGGUCGGUGGGUGGAGGAGGGGGUGUUUUUGGUCCAGAUUAAUCUCUCUCCUCUCCUCUCUCUUCUUCUCCCUCAUGUUUAAUUUCCUCCUUGUUCUCUUCUUCUCUCCAUGUUUUUCUCCCUCAUGUUUCAUUUCCUCCUUGUUCUCCCCCACACCCUCUGAAUGCUUUCCUCUCUAACCCCCACUCUAUUGACUGUAUACACCUACCCAGUUGGGGGGCUCAGUGUGUAAAAUGCAGAGGGGGGAGAAUGCAGAAUGCAUGCACCUUCAGUUGUAUUGCAUUUGCUGCACAAACACACCUUAAAAAAUAUGAAUUACUUAGAAGUUCUGCAGGUACAUUUCCAUAGAGGGGAACUUGUUUCAAAGGAACUAGUUUUGAACACCUUGAAAUCUGCGAAAGGAACCAAGAAUGACAAUUUGGCAGCAGUAAAUAGUACAGUCAUUCAUUCCAUCACUAUAUCACUCUAGGAGGGAAUAGUUAGUUUGCCUUUCCAUUGUCCAUACUCCCCCUCCCCCUUCUUUUGUUUCUCUCUCUUUCUCACUCUGUGCUCAAGAUUCUGAAAGAAUUUGACCCCAGAGCUCUAAAGAUCUGAGGAGCAGACCAAUCACAAGCCUCUGGACAGUGCCCAGAACCCUUAGCGUGUCCCACCCUCUGACCCCUUAUGUGACGUCAGGGGGAAGGGUGAAUAGGGAGAUGAAAGACGUGAAUUGCUGGAGUGAGGAGUGGGUUAAAAGGGGUUAUGGGUUUUCUUGGCUAUUGCCAUUGUCCUUUUAAACAUGUUGCCAUAGCAACAAGGUGGUUUGUGUUGUAAGAAGAUGUUUGGAGAGUUUUGCUCAGGAAAGAAGUAGAGUGGACAGAAGACAAGAUAAUUUGAGGGGAAAGACUUUGACUCUCUGUAUGUUUGCAGACUUAAUCAAUAUUUGCUCAUGCAUUGCUUUACAUGAGAAGCUUGGAAUUGAAUAUGAAAACAUUAGCAAUUGUUGGAAUCAAUUAUUACAGUUAAAGGUUUGGACUUAUAGACUUACUUUGAGCUCCCACUUCAAUUCUAUAAAGAAUGAGGCUUGCACCCUGUCUUUCAUGGUUCUUAUGGAGACUUAACAUCAACAAUGAAUUUGAUCAUGAAACUGAACUUUUCAUUUGGUUGAAUAGAGUGAUGAAAAGGCACUAGUCUUAAUCCUUACUUUUUCUCUCUCUCUCUGUCCAUAGACGACCAGCUGUCAGCAAAGUCACCGUCCAUGUCUCUGGGCUCAGAACUGACCUCCUCUGGGUCCUCCUCUGGGUCCUCCCCCACCUCGCUCGAAGGCCGACAGCCCCCCCUGGCCCCUCGGCCAUCUCCUGGGGGUCUCCACGCGCCCUCCCUUCCCAGUGAAAGCUCUCCGCCCCCCCUCUGGCCCUGCCACAUCGCCCCCUACACCACCUCUCUUCCCAACACCCACUCAUCCCUCUCUCCAGACUUCCCUCACCCCUCUUUAUCCUCCCAGUCCCUGCCACUCAACCUCAAUCAGACAUCGGGCCACACCCUCUCCCAUCAGGCCCACUCCCAUGCCACUAUGACCUCACCACAGAUGGGCAGCUCUGCCACCAUCACUACCUCCUCCUUGUCCUCCUCCUCGUCUUCCCUCCCUCUCCGCCGGAAGAGCACCAGUCCUGGGCAUCAGAACGGCUCCAGCCCCCUGGUGCCGGGGCUAGGCCAGAUCCAGGUGCCCCCGACCCUGGCUGUGCUCCUGGAGGAGCUCAGGGUGCUGCAGCAGAGGCAGAUCCACCAGAUGCAGAUGACGGAGGAGAUCUGUAGGCAUGUUCUCCGGCUAGGAGGGGCCAUCUAUACCCAAGACACCUCCCAGGCUGGUAGUGGAGAGAAUAACCAAAUACCUACAGCAGGAUCCCCCUCCCCACCACACCAUCCCUGCUCUGCCCCUGUCCCAUCCUCGGCCUCCCCUCUCCUGGCCUGCCUCCCAUCCCUCCUCCCCCAGCUCACUGUGUCCAAGCCCAGCCUCUCCUCUCACACUAAUGGAAGCAGAGCACCACACUCCUCUACCUCGCCCUCAUCCUCUUCCUCCACCACUUGGAGCUCCUCGAUAGCCUCCUCCAUGCAUCCUCUGUCCCUGGGUCUUCCCCCGCGCUAUCUCCAUGAGAAAUCCUCCAACACCUCCCCCUUCGGCCACAGCAACGGGGUCAGCUUCCCAACCCCGCCCCUCCCCACCUCCAGCCACUCCCAGGACCACCUGCUUCAGUCCAGCUCUUCCCUGGGGUCCUUGUCCUCAGCAGGACGUCCUCAGCAUGCCUGUAAGUUUUGUGGGAAGGUCUUGAGCAGUGAUUCCUCGCUGCAAAUCCACCUGCGUUCCCACACAGGUGAGAGGCCCUACCAUUGUCCCGUCUGCCUCAGUCGCUUCACCACCCGCGGGAACCUCAAGGCCCACUUCCUGCGUCACCGCGAGCAGAACCCCGAGCUGUCGCUCUCGCUCCUCCCCCCAGCUCUGGAGCAGCCCAGCCCCACCCACGUCGCUGCCACCACCGGCCAGAGACGUAGGAAGCGCCGGGCAGAAGACGAGGAGCCGCCAUUCGGAGGCGUGAAAGGAAUGACGGAGGGAAUGGCACUCGGUUUCCUUUCUGGGGCGUCUCCUCGCCCCUCCUCUUCCUCUAUACCUAUGCCGCCCAGUAUGGACAUGGCACUGUUGUCCACGGCUCACUCCCUUUUACAGCUGAACAGGGCCUCCGCUGCAGCAGGCAGCGCCUCAGGUAGUGUGUUACCGUCAUCAUCCUCAUCCUCCAUGGGUGGCCAGUUCAAAGGGGUGAAGCAGCAGAGGUUUGAUGAGAACACCCCUCCACACUCUGUCCUCCACCCAGGCUCUCCCUACUCCCAGCUGGCCCACUUCCCCAAAAUCCUCUUCCCCGGAGGACCCUCGCCCCACCACCUCGCCCUCCUCCGUCCCCCGGGGACCCACCCCUCUACCUCCCAUCUCACCUCCCCCCACACCCAGCUCCCAUUCCCUCCCUACCCUAAACUCCCCACGUCCUCCCCCUCCUCCUCCUCCACGUCCUUCACCCAAACCUCUGACACCUCCAAGUUGCAGCGACUGGUCCAGAAGCUGGAGAAGCAGCCCCAGAGCGGGGGCCAGUCGUCCUCCCGCGGCCCAGUAGACGGCUCCUCAAACGGGGACACCCACGGCCAUGACCUGACCACAAGCUCCAACGCCUACCGCAGGGAGAUGAUGGCAGCCCUGGGCCUCGGCCCCAACCCCAACAUUGAGGCCAUGGUGAGCAGCCGGGGACAGGGUCUCCCUGUAUCCACCAAUCCCGCCCUGGCCCCUAACCAGUGUGGGGUGUGCCUGCGGGUGCUCUCCUGCCCCAGGGCCCUGAGUCUCCAUCAGGCCACCCACCUGGGCGAACGCCCCUUCCCCUGUAAGCUGUGUGGACGCUCCUUCUCCACUAAGGGAAGCCUGAGGGCCCACCUCGCCACCCACCGUGCCCGCCCGCCCAACGCCCGCACCCAGAACUCCUGCCCACUGUGCCCGCGCAAGUUCACCAAUGCCCUGGUGCUGCAGCACCACAUCCGCAUGCACCUGGGGGGCCAGAUACCCCCAGGGGGUGAGGGAGAGGAAGGCACAGAUAUGUCCCAAGAAGAUCUGGGCCAAAUGACCACAGCCUCUCCAUCCAAACCCUCUAGCCUCCAAGGCCUCCACCCCCUGGCCUUAACAAUGACCAGCUCCAUCUCUAACCCUAACCCGCUGGUCAGUAGCUUAGACUUCGGAGGUCCGGCGACCAAGCAAUCCCAGGCAGCUGACCCAAGCCCCCCUGUAGAGGGGGAGUGUGAACCCUCACCCUCCACGGCCAGCAUUAGCCCACCUCUGACCCAUAAUCCCUCCCCUGAAGACCCCAUGCUCCUGGGGGAAAGAUCUGAGUCAGACUCCGGCCCAUCUGCAGCCUCUGUGGAAGACUUGCAAGACUCCCCAGCUGACCUUUCUAACGCCAGCCUAAUUAAGCUACCCAAGACAUCCUCGACCAGCUCCUUGCCUGCCUCAGUGGGGAAUGGUGAGGCAGAGGAGGAGGAAAACAUCCCUCUUGCCCUUUGUGUCUCCAGACCAGCUUUGGAUACUGAUGGUAGUAGGUCAGGGGGGCUCACCAAUGGCUCUGGCUCAAUCACAGAGAACCACACCAACUCUCCAGAUGGACUCAUCCCCAGUCCUGAAUCUGAUUCCACCCCGAAAUCCCCCGCCACCCUCAACCCCUCACCCACGCUCACCCCUCCUGCCAGCCCUAAAGCAGCUUCAGAGCCAGCCCAGUCCCCCAGUAUCACCCCACCGGAGCCCAGUCCUGAAGGGGAGACAGUCCAACUUGAAGGGGAGAGUGAGAGCACAGCACCCAGAGACACCUCAUCGGUCAUGGGGCCUGAGAGAGAGAAGCAGACCCCUAGCUCCACGGAGGAGAGUGAUAGGGCUCCAGAGGAACCAGAGACCUCCCAGCUAGCCACCCCAGCCUCAACGCCCUCCAAACCCUACUCCUGCACCCUGUGUGGGAAGGCAUACGCCAGCCGCAGUGGAUUAAAGGUAUAAAAAGCAUAAGAUAAGGAUAUAAUGUAUUAGUACCAUAUGUUCCUAUGGAUAUACAGAACACUUGACAGAAGCUAACUUUUGAUUCUUGAGAUUGGAAAAUUAAAAAAGUGUGGUGCAAUUGCUCUAUUUCUCAUGUUUUACUGUUGUUUUAUGUUAGCAAUUAUAUUCUAAUUAAAGUUAUUGAUCACUUAACUAAUAAAAUGUUUAUGUUUCCAUCAACAGGGACACAUGAAGACACACCCUGUGUUGACCAACGUUCCCACCGAGACUCCUCCUCCCGCCACCCUGACCAAUGACAAUGAAACUACGGAGGAUCCGAGUUCGGUCUCAGCCAAUGGAAAGGAGGAUGAAAAGUAA